GCAUCAUGGCCUCCAGCACCGCCACCAUGGGAAACCUCCCCAGCGGGAUCGGAAUAUGUACGACCAUCCCCGACAUCCUGUACCUGCCAGAGCUGAUCUUCGGCGGGCUGGUGUGGAUCCUGGUGGCGUGCACGCUGGUGGUGCCGGCGAAUCCUCAGGGCUGGGUGAUGUUCGUCUCCGUCUUCUGCUUCGUCAUGACCUUCAUCUGGAUGCUGGUGUUCACCUGCGGGGGUCAUCACAACAGAGGCAGCUGGGCCGCAGCAGACUUUGCGUAUCAUGGCAUCGCCGCCUUCUUCUACCUCAGUGCUUCAGUGGCUUUGGCCAAAGUGACUCUGGAGAUGAAGGACGGGACAAAGUUCCAGAACUAUCAGCUGGACAUCUCUGCAGUGGUUUUCUCGUACGUGGUGACUUUGCUCUACUUCGUCCACACCAUCCUGUCCGCCAUCCGAUGGAAGUCCUUCUAGACGUUUCGUCCCUGCAGAGCAGAACUGAACACAUUUUGAUCGGGAGGCAGGGGGGGGGGGCUGCGGAGCAACAUCUGGAUCAUCACAUUCUGCGAUGGUGAGCGACAGUCGAGGCCGACGCUGAUGGUUUGUGUCACAGAGACGCUGCAGCUCCUCUGGAGCUUCACAACAGUUUCUCCUGACGUGGACGAGAUGAUGUGAGGGACGAGACAACGCGUGGACAGAAUGAUCCAGAGUGUGGAUUUAAAACACCUGCAGAAGUACCCAGAUUCUUUAUUGUACAGUAAGUACAAGAAGUACAAAUACUGCAGGGUUAGAAGUCAAACUUACAUUUUUUACACGUUAAAACAUCUAAAAACAACGAAACCUACUAAUUGUAAUUCUACGUUUGUUCUUUAAUUUGACUGGAAAAGGUUCUGAUGUUUUUAUAAACUUUGUCAAACAGAUUCUAAAAACCUUUAAUGUGGAAACACAACAGGAAACUGGACCAGGAUGGAAAUUAGGAUUUUUCUUUUGUUACCGUUUUUAACCGACAGCGAAGUUUUUGUAAAUCUUUGAAACUAUUGAAUCAAUUGUAAAAUGAAUAAGUUGGUUUUAACAUUUGAAAUAUAUUUUGAACAAUUUUAUUAAAAAAUCUACACAUACAAACAACUGUGCUUCUAAAGCUUUGAUGAUCAGCUCCGAGCUACAUUAGCCAACUUAGCUCUU